ACCCGUCUCUGUCAGAGCGUCGAUUUCUCAAAUGCUAAGAAAGGAAAAAAAUACAAAACGAGGAAGCGAUCACUGAUGUUGUAACGAAAAUAAAAUACAAAACAAAGGCAUCUUUUUAACAAAUACUGUGGAUUUCAAUGGUUUCACAUUUAUCUACAAAAUAGAAAAGGAAAAUAAAAGCGUCGUGUUUAGAUAAAGGAGGCCGACACAAAAAAAAAAACACUUAAAAUCAUGUCUGAUCUUGGAAAAUUCCAAAAUAAUCCGGCAUGGCGUGAAAAAUUGUGCAAAUUUCUAUUAAAGGAACGUUCACCGCCUAAGAAGAUAAUCCCAGCUGCAGAGAUAAUGCAGCAAGCAAAGGAAAGUCCUUACAGAAUACACAAGGCAGAAAUGAAUCCACCACUUGAUCAGUCCGACGACAGUCUUGAGGUCGACGACACCUUCUCGGCCAUGGAACGUAUGUGCGAUAAAAGUGGAUCCGAUCCGGAUAGCACUUUAUUUCAAUAUCUGCACAGCGGUGAUAAGGAACAGAUCAUCCAUUUGGCCAAAGAGCGAAACCAGAGCAAGGAAUUGCCAGAUGAUACAUUCGCUGCCAUUGAACGAAUGUGUGAUAAAAGUGUAUCCGAUCCAGAUAGCACUCUAUUUCAUUAUCUACAAAGCGAGGAUAAGCAAAAAUUCAUUCAAAAGGAAUUUACAGAUGAUAAUAAGGAAUUUGAAGCAUUAAAUCGCUUAAUGGCUGAUAUAAGCACUCAGGAACAAAUCGAUAUGGAGAGUCCUCUAAAAGGUGUGGAGCACACACUAUUGGAGGAUGUUGAGGCACCUUCUCGUUUUUGGGACAGUGAUUCAUCUGUCAGUCAAGACGGAUUGAUGCCCAAGAAGACAUCCCCCGUCAAAAUGGUUGGCUUAUUACGUCCAUCAACCAUUAUUGAGGCAAAUGAAGCAGAUGCCUCCAGUAAUGCAUCAUCCACUAAUGGUUCAUCGUUGAUGAGCAGUUUCCAAACCGCCAUGGGAGGAUUAAAGACCAAUAUUACAAUGAGCAGUUGCUAUGAGACAGCUACAGAUACAUCUGUAGCUGGCAUGGAUGAGGCUGAGGCUGGUAGUGUGAGUGUAGAUCACUUAUUAGAUGCAGCCAUACGCCAAGCUAAAGCCACGCCCCAAAAACAAAUCGAGGAACUUAUUAAUACUGAAGAAAACUGUGAAAUGGAAAAUACUAUUAUAGAAUUAUCAUCCUCCUCGGAUGAGGAAUAUGAGAAUGAACAGGCCACAACUUCUAUUAAAUCGGAGAAUAUUACUGUGCAGCUAGAGGAGGAGGAGGAGGAGGAAGAUGAUAAAGAAAAUUCACGAUCCAUUAAUUUAAACAAUACCAUGGAAGAAAUGGAAUAUAUGAUGCAAAAGGGUUUGGAAUAUAUUGCUGCCAGCAGUGCUGCCAAGAACACGCAUUCACCUAAAGCCUCUGUCGCCACCGCCGCCGCCCCUUCACCUACAACAGUUCUAUUUAAGGCUCCUCCUGCUCCUGCACUAAAAAUUACCACUUUAAAGUCACCCAAGACCUUUACUAUUACACCAACUGGGUCACCCAAAAAGUUAAUUAAACAAAACACAUUUGUUGUAUCACCUCGAUCGAAACCUAAGUCAUCACCUCUGGCCCAAAAGAAACUUACUCCAUCAUCCUCAGGCAUGGAUCGCUUUGAUAUUAAAAUGGAACAACCGAAAAGGAAGUUCUUCAUGGAUACUCCAACAAAAUCAUCGGGAACGGCAUCGGCUAUACCCAUGCGGCAUCAAAUGAAACUAAAAACACCCACAUAUGAUCAUAUUGUUAGUCCGAUUCGUGCAUACACUCACAAAUCUGGGACUGCUCCGUUGAUGAGUCAAUUCCAUAAGACAGGCAAUGAAUUCAGCUCAGAGGUGAUGACCGACUUGGAGAAGGGAUUGGAACAUAAUAAUCAUUUACAAAAGCCCCGCCAAGAUGAGGCACAGAUGAUGAAUGCUUUAAAUAUGUCAGAGAUCGAUGGAAUCGAUCGUACCACAGCUCGCCGUUUGCCCAAGAAGGCUUAUAUUGGUUCCAAAACUAAGCAUGUGGUGGAUGAACGUACACCCAUGCCAAUGCCAAAUGUGCCGAAAAUACAGAAAUAUUUGAACUCUGCCGUAGAGCCCACUGUACUGCGUCAUGAUGGCAAGAUGAAACUACCGAGUGGAGGACAAGCACAAGCCUCACAUAUAGCAAGACCUUCGAAUCAAAGUUUGGCUGAUCUUAGUCUAGCCUCCGGUGAUGUUUCGUUAUACACAAUGAAGGAUGCGCAAAAAUUCUAAUUUAAUUAUUAUAUGCUUGUCCAUUAACAAUAAAAAAAAUAACAAAAA